CUCGACGCUGCCGACACACUCGACGCUGUCGACACACUCAUGGCCGCCCCGCGACAGCCAACUGCAAGACCUGUGGCGCAAGCCCCGGGCGGAGAGGAAUGUCCCGUCUUCAAUUUGCGCGCGGUCAGGAAGGCCUUCGCCAGCAAAGAGUGUGGACACCCGACAUAGGUACAGAAACAAUGGGAGCGAUUUGUUUUUGUCUGGCGCUUCUGGUCGCCGCUCUCUGCACGAUGAUGCGCCUUAAAAAAAUGAAACACAUGGACGCCAGUGGAGGCGCCGGGCGUGGAGCCGCGCUGACGGACUCACGCCCGCAGCCAUUGUCGGCAGCACGAGCCAUGCGGGCGCCAAUCUCAAGGAUCUCCUGCAAGGUCCGCUGCUCCACGGGUCUGGCCGACCGACCCAUGGGGGGCAUCGCAGACGGCUCGGCACGGUAACAGUAGGAGAGACCCGAGACAGCUCAAUAGGGCCCCCAAGAGGGCCCGAGCACAGCUCAAGAGAGCCCCAAGGGACCCCCGAGCCUGCUCCAGAGGUGGCCCAAGGCAGCCCCAAGACGGACCGAAUAGGCCUCGUGAGAGCUCCUCACGGAGUGGAGACGAGAGCCGUCUCAUGUGACGGCCCUCUGGGCGACGCUCGACGCGUUGCCACGCAGAGCGCUUCGCAGGCGCGGCGGUGCACUCGCCGGAUGCAACUGGAUACCCUGGCAGGCUGCGACGAGCGAGCGCCCCCGAGACUGCGACGGAACUGAUGAUCAGCAGCGCCCCCGCUCCACGGUGCCGAAGCAGUACUCGGUACGUCUUCGAGCCUCGAGGAGGGCGUCUGCCUCGUGUCAGCGACAAGUGCGAGGCGUGCAAGGGGGCGGACAGCGGGAGCGCAACGAGCCAACGAGCCCGCCAACGGUCGUCUUGUCUACAUUCUCCGGCCCCCGUCCUCGAGCCCGUGCUCCUCUGCCGCUCCUUGUCCACCCUGAAGAUCCUCGACGGGGGCCGCACUGUGCAGGGCGGCUCUCGCCGGCAGAAGGAACCAUGGGCGCUCACGCUCGGUUGCAGACUCCAGAGUCGUGGCCUCCCGCUGAGUCAGACCCCGGAUGCACCCGUCCCCACACCCCACAAAACUGUUUGAUAUGACAUCCCACGUUCCCGUCGCAGCUGGGCUGAGGCCGUCGAGUGCGCCGCGGUAGAAGCUGGGGAGCGGCGCAUUCGACGUCAAGUAGGAGAGGCGCGAACGCCAGGACGGCGUCGGAGAAAAACGCGGCGCGAAAGCGAAGAGGAGCGGCGCCAGGCCAAACAGAACUGGCGCGGAGGGGAUCGGAAUAGCAAGAGGUGGCUGGGGAGAGGAGCCAGCUGAAGAGACAGAGGCGACGAGGUACAGAAAAAGGCAGGUCAAGGGAUGAAGAUACCCACUGACAGGGCAGCAUCUGACCAGCAGCCGCAUCGAACGUUUUACCGCACUUGAACGUGCCAAGAAAGUCAGUGGAGGCCCCAUUAGGUCAAGCAGCUUAUUUGGCAAAUCUGGCUUCCCAAAUGUUCUCUUAAUAAAUUGCGUUGAAAUGUGCGUCUUGGCUUGGACUGGGCACAUCAUUGGGUCCCCGAUCAGCCUCCACCAUCCAGCAUUAGCCGAGAUAUGGCUCAUAGGACGCGUAGGCCUGCACGCAUCGUCAGUUAGGUACAGUCUGGCAGUGCAUAGGCACAGGGUGGUUCUUUGGAGAUUCCUGGGCAUGCUCGGGCGCGUUCGCCCGGGCAAGCCUUCCCCAGACAGCGCCGUCUCAUCCC